AUGUCUGAUCAAAAAGCAGAGCAUCAUGUCUCCGAAAAGGGGUACAAUGACGAGAAAUACGAUAUCGAACGCUCGUCUAUUGUCCUUGAGGAAGAGGAGAACUCUCCUAUCCCCGAAGUCGCCGCCAUCGUUUCCAACAAGGAUGACCCUAGUACUCCUGUUAUGACCUUUCGUUUCUGGGUCAUGGCUGUCCUUUUCUCCAUCCUUCUUUCUUUUUUUAACCAGUUCUUUUGGUUCCGGACACAGCCCAUGACCAUCACUACUUUGGUCAUCCAAUUACUGUCAUAUCCCUUUGGCAAGUUCUUGGCUCGUGUUCUCCCUGCUGGCCCUCUUAACCCCGGCCCUUUCAACAUCAAAGAGCACGUCUUAGUUGCCUUGACCGCCAACUGUGCUGGUGGUACUGCCUAUGCUGUCGAUAUCAUUGUCAUCCAGAAGGUCUUCUAUGCCCAAGACUUUGGCUUUCUUGCCAAUUUCCUCCUUAUCCUCUGCACCCAGAUGUUAGGCUAUGGUAUGGCUGGUGUCCUCCGCCGUUACCUUGUCUACCCUGCUGCUAUGAUCUGGCCCGCCAAUUUGGUCCAGGUUGCCCUGUUUAAUACUUUGCACAAGGAGGAAGAACUUGCUCCUGGUCAGUGGUCUCGCUUCAGAUUCUUCCUGGUCGCCACCUUUGCUAUGUUCUGUUACCAGUGGAUUCCAGGUUUCCUUUUCCCUGUCCUCAGUUCUAUUGCCUGGAUCUGCUGGAUCAAGCCUGACAACUUGGUUCUCUCCCAGAUCACUGGUGCUGGUGGUCUCGGAUUUGGUGCCAUUUCUCUUGACUGGAACAACAUCGUUGCCUUCUUGGGCUCACCUUUAAUUGUUCCUUGGUGGGCCCAGGUUAAUAUUGCUCUUGGCUUUUUCUUGAUUGCCUGGGUCAUGGUUCCUAUCGCGUACUACACUAAUCUCUGGGAUGCCAAGAAGUUCCCCAUCCUCACUCCUCAUCUAUUUCAGGAGAACGGUCGCGGAUACGACGUCUCCGCUAUCCUUACUGACAAUGUUUUGGAUGAGAAAAAGUACCAGGAAUAUGGUCCUCUCCGUAUCUCGACCUUCUUUGCCUUGACCUAUGGUAUCGGUUUCGCUGGUCUUUCCUCUAUGAUCACUCAUACCUGGUUGUAUCAUCGCCAAAAGUUGGUUGCGCAGUGGAAGCAAUCUCGUGAUCAUUCUGAAGAUAUCCAUCACAAGUUGAUGCAGGCCUAUCCUGAGGUUCCUGACUGGUGGUACGGUACUCUCUUUAUUGUCAUGACCAUUAUUGCCGUUAUCACUUGCGAGGUCUGGGACUAUAAACUUCCAUGGUGGGGCGUAAUUUUGGCUGUCGCUCUUGCUGCUUUCUUCGCGCUUCCUGUGGGCUUGAUCCAGGCCAUUACAAAUCAGCAGCCUGGCCUUAAUAUUAUUACCGAGUACGUUAUCGGUUAUAUCCUUCCCGGGCGUCCUAUCGCUAAUGUUACCUUUAAGACCCUUGGUUAUAUCUCCAUGGCCCAGGCUAUGACUUUUACAUCCGAUCUCAAGCUGGGUCACUACAUGAAGGUCCCACCACGCGCCAUGUUCUGGGCUCAGCUUCUUGGCACCGUCAUUGCUGGCUUGGUCAACUUGUUGACUGCCAACUGGUUGUUGAGGACCCAAAAGGAUGUCUGUACUGAAAACAAUGCCCUUUUCUCCUGCCCUUCUGCCAACACUUUCUAUUCUGCUUCUGUCAUUUGGGGUGUUAUCUCGCCUAAUCGUAUGUUCGGCUCCAUAUCCAUUUACAAUGCCAUCAACUAUUUCUUCUUGAUUGGUUUCGUGCUCCCCAUCCCAUUUUACUAUUUGAAAAAGCUGUACCCUCAGAGUUGGUUGGAAUAUGUCCACAUCCCAGUCUUAUUGGCCGCUACCGGAAUGAUGCCUCCAGCACAGGCAUACCAUUAUACCAAUUGGUUAGCUCUCGGGUUUGCUUUCCAAUUCUUUGCUCGUCGUUAUCAUCCAGAAUGGCAUCUACGAUUUACAUAUGUGCUAUCAGCGGCUUUUGAUUCCGGUGUGGCGUUUAUGGUCUUGCUGUCAUUCUUUAUCUUCACGAUCCGUGAUGCAGCCAUGGUAGAUUGGUGGGGUACUCGCUCUGAUCUGUGUCCAUUGGAAAAAAAGCCUUACUAUCCUGCGGCUCCCGCUCCACCAAAGCCAGCUGCUUAG